UGCGCGACGCUGAUUGCGAGCACCCCGAUGCUGGUGUUGCUGCCCAUUGUAGCCAGAGGCGGAAUGUGAUUCAAUUGCGCUGGGUUCAAUGUUCACCCUGGGCAAUGUCGGGUAGAAGUUGCAGUUUGAGUGGUGGGUCUUGUGUCUAAUAGGGUUUUUGAGCCUUUGUUUGGUGGUGGUGGUAGUGGUGGUGGAGUGUGUGAUGGUUGUGUCGAGUGAUUUUGGUGGUAGGGUUGACAGAUUUUGAGGUUUGGGUGUGAAGGGGUCUCGUGGUAGAGGUGGUGAAAGAUGGGUGUUGGGUUUUUUUUGGGUUUCAGCAACGGCUGCAGAUGCGAUCUGCGUUGUGGGUAGGCGUGGGCAGUGAAGAUGGCGUCUCCGCGUGUGCAGAGGAUGAACACCACGUUUAAUCGCACGAGCUCCGGCUCCCCGCGACUGCAAACAUUGGCCUCGCACAAAUCUUCCUCUUUGUCGCGGUUCGAUCGAGAUGUUUUUUACGAAAAUGCGCCCGAUGCAGCGGCCGCCGAGGCGGCUUCCCGGGCUGCGAUCGAGGAGUUCAAGAACGAUAAGAUUUUCUCCAAGUUCCUCGUGGACGAUUUCAAUGCGACGCAAUUCGCUAGUGAGGCGUUGAGCAGCGGAUCUGCCGCGGCGUCUUCUGAGAAAUUGCAGGAGGGAAUUCAGCUGCUGGAGAGGCAGCUGAGGAGUGAGGUUUUCUUGCGGCACGAUGAGCUGCUCCAGCAGCUGUCGAAUUUGAAGGAAACAGAGAGUGUGCUCACGGUGGUCAGGGCUGGGGUGGAAAGCUUGCAAGCUUCGACGCAGAGAGUGAGGGCAGAGAUUGCGGAGCCUUACAAGCACAUUAAGUCCAAAUCCAAGCAAUUGGCAUCCCUACACGAUACGGUGGAGCUUCUCAGGACUGUGAUCAGGGUUUUGAAGCAGAUGAAGCGACUACAGGAGUUGAUGGAAUCAGGUGGGUCCAAUGUAGACCUGGCCAAGGCUGCUCAGUUCUACAAUGAGAUAGAAAUUCUCCGGAAGGAAACCGAUCUUGCGGGCGUGGAGGUAGUGGAUGACGAAAUACCCUGGCUUUUCGAGGUUGGAAGUCAGAUUAAAACCGAAGCAAUGAAAGGGCUAGAGAAGGGGAUGGAGUCACUCAACCAGGCGGAGGUAGGUAGCUUUUUACAGGUGUACUACAACAUGGGCGAGCUCAAGCCUACGGUUGAGUCUUUGAUCGGGAAAUAUAAAGGAUUGGCCAUAAAAAGUGUAAGUGCUGCUUUGGAGUGGAAAACCAUUUCAGCAAGUGUUGGAAGUUCUCUUGGCUCGGGAGCCAUUCAACGGAGCAAUGCCUCUCAAGGCGCUGGUAUCCCAAGAGCAAGAGAGAGCUUGUGGCAGAAAAUGGGAACCUGUAUGGACCAGCUUCAUGGCAUUGUGGUGGUUGUUUGGCAUUUGCAGCGAGUGCUGGCAAAGAAAAGAGACCCUAUCACCCACGUUGGGUUCUUGGACGAAAUCAUGCAGCCUGGUGAUUCGAUGUUGACAGAGCGGGUUUGGGAAGUAGUAGUGAAAUCAUUUGCCAGCCAGAUGAAAUCCGCCUUCACUGCAUCGAGCUUUGUCAAAGAUACAUUUGUUGUAGGUUACCCCAAGCUUCUCGGCAUGGUGAAUGGCUUACUGGAGAGACUAUUCAGGGAGACAGAUGUGAAGGGAGUGCCUCCAGCCAUUAAGCCUGAAGCUAGAGAUCAGCUUGUAGCAGCUCUGGAGCCCUUCCAAACGGCUUAUUUGGGAAAGUCCCUUGGUCGCCUUUCUGAGCUUGUGAACAGUAUGUUUCCAGCUGCUGUUCGUGGAAGUAUUCCAUCUCAAGAACAAAUUUUCAGACUGGUGUCUCGUAUCCACGAGGAGCUCGAUGUGGUAAAGCCAGACGUUAGGCUCACAUUUUUGGUGUCUCGAGAGAUUGGCAAAAUCCUCCGGCUUCUUGCUGAAAGAGCUGAAUACCAGACUUCUACGGGUCCGGAAUCACGACAAGUCAUGGGUCCUCUAACUCCUCAGCAAUUGAAAAAUAUCACACUUAGCCUCCAACUCCAGGAUGUGCAUGCCAGAGUAACGUCCAUGCUAGUCGGCCUCCCGAGUGCUACAAUUGAGGUGUUAUCACCAUCUCUUACUGCUCUCCAUGGAGUUGCAUCAGAUUGCAUAACCCCUCUCUUCAAGGCAAUAAUAGAGAGGCUGGAAAAUUGCAUACUACAGAUCCAUGAGCAAAGUUUUGCGACUAUGGACAUGGAUGGUGGCAUGGGCAAUGGCUGCUCGAAGUACAUGGAAGAUUUACAGAAAUCAAUUUUGCACUUCCGAAGUGAGUUUCUCUCUAAGCUAUUGGCAGGCUCUACCCCAGCUGUCACGUCGAUAUCAGGGGAAUCAAUAUCAGCCGGUCUAACAAGGAAAUUGGCUUCUCGCGUUCUCCUGUUCUGGGUUAGACACGCAGCCAUGGUCAGACCCCUUUCAGAAUUAGGAAAGCUGCAACUAAUCAGCGACAUGGCAGAACUGGAGCUGGUGGUUGGUCAGAGUUUGUUUCCUGUAGAGCAGCUGGGUGCCCCUUAUCGUGCCUUCCGUGCAUUUAAGCCCCUGGUCUUCCUCGAAAGUUCGGAGUUUGCCAGUAGUCCUGUGUUGCAAGAGUUGCCCCCCACAGUUGUGCUCCACCAUCUUUAUACACGAGCACCUGUGGAGUUGGAGUCUCCAUUAAAGCGCAUGAAGUUGUCUCCUCAGCAGUAUUCCCUGUGGUUAGAUUCUCAAGGCGAGGAGCACGCCUGGAAGGGCAUUAAGGCAACUUUAGACGAGUAUGCUGCUAAGAUCCAGGCCAGAGGCGACAAGGAAUUCUCUCCUAUCUACCCUCUUAUGUUGCAAUUGGGUACGUCCCUUAAUUGGAAGUCGAGUUAGCUUUUAGGUCAGGAAGGUCUUGUUAGUCUUCUAAUAGUAGUACCUUGUUGAGGGUGUAAAUAUCAGCCAUAUUGGGUUCAGAAAGCUCAUGCCUUCAGAACAUUCAUGGCUUCUAAAUGAUUUUUGGGUUAUUACUAUGUGAUGAGUACUUCAUCUAUAGCCUUUUACAUAGUUAACGAUGACGAUGACCCCUUAUUUUUUUUUUUCUGAAUGAAGGGGUGUCUUUCUGUGUGACUUCCAUCAUUCAGAAUCAAUAAAGAUUGUUUUUAUAUCA